UGCUAAAGGAACAAAUAGCCCACAGAUCCGCAGAACCCUUGUCCUUCCACAAUGCGCCUCUACCCUCUGGUCUGGCUUUUUCUUGCUGCGUGCACAGCUUGGGGGUACCCAUCCUCACCACCUGUGGUGAACACUGUUAAAGGCAAAGUCCUGGGGAAGUAUGUCAAUUUGGAAGGAUUUGCACAGCCUGUGGCUGUUUUCCUGGGAAUCCCCUUCGCCAAGCCCCCUCUUGGCUCCUUGAGGUUUGCUCCACCACAGCCUGCAGAGCCUUGGAACUUUGUGAAGAAUACUACCUCCUACCCACCUAUGUGCUCUCAAGAUGCUGUUGGAGGGCAGGUUCUCUCAGAGCUUUUCACCAACAGGAAGGAAAACAUUCCUUUACAGUUUUCUGAAGACUGCCUCUACCUGAACGUUUAUACUCCCGCUGACUUGACAAAGAACAGCCGGCUACCAGUGAUGGUGUGGAUCCAUGGAGGUGGACUGGUAGUGGGUGGAGCAUCCACCUAUGAUGGACAGGUCCUCUCUGCCCAUGAAAAUGUGGUGGUGGUGACCAUUCAGUAUCGCCUUGGCAUCUGGGGAUUCUUCAGCACAGGGGAUGAACACAGCCAGGGCAACUGGGGUCACUUGGACCAGGUGGCUGCACUACACUGGGUCCAGGACAACAUUGCCAACUUUGGGGGUAACCCAGGCUCUGUGACCAUCUUUGGAGAAUCUGCAGGAGGUUUCAGUGUCUCUGCUCUUGUGUUAUCUCCUCUGGCCAAGAACCUCUUCCACAGGGCCAUUUCUGAGAGUGGUGUGGUCCUCACUUCUGCUCUGAUUACAACAGAUAGCAAGCCCAUUGCUAAUCUGAUUGCUACUCUUUCUGGGUGUAAAACCACCACAUCAGCUGUUAUGGUUCAUUGCCUGCGCCAGAAGACAGAGGAUGAACUCCUGGAGACUUCAUUAAAAUUGAAUCUUUUCAAACUGGAUUUACUUGGAAACCCAAAAGAGAGCUAUCCCUUCCUACCUACUGUGAUUGACGGAGUGGUGCUGCCAAAGACACCAGAAGAGAUCCUGACUGAGAAGAGUUUCAACACAGUCCCCUACAUAGUGGGCAUCAACAAGCAAGAGUUUGGCUGGAUCAUUCCAACGCUUAUGGGCUAUCCACUCUCCGAAGGCAAACUGGACCAGAAAACAGCCAAAUCCCUCUUGUGGAAGUCCUACCCAACACUGAAAAUCUCUGAGAAAAUGAUUCCAGUGGUUGCUGAGAAGUACUUCGGAGGGACAGAUGACCCUGCCAAAAGGAAAGACCUGUUCCAGGACUUGGUUGCAGAUGUGAUGUUUGGUGUCCCAUCAGUAAUGGUGUCUCGAAGUCACAGAGAUGCUGGAGCCCCCACCUUCAUGUAUGAAUUUGAGUAUCGCCCAAGCUUUGUAUCAGCCAUGAGGCCCAAGACAGUGAUCGGAGACCAUGGUGAUGAACUCUUCUCAGUAUUUGGAUCUCCAUUUUUAAAAGAUGGUGCCUCAGAAGAGGAGACCAAUCUCAGCAAAAUGGUGAUGAAAUACUGGGCCAACUUUGCUCGGAAUGGGAGCCCUAAUGGGGGAGGGCUGCCCCAUUGGCCAGAAUAUGACCAGAAGGAAGGGUACCUGAAGAUUGGUGCCUCAACUCAGGCAGCCCAGAGGCUGAAGGACAAAGAAGUGGCUUUUUGGUCUGAGCUCAGGGCCAAGGAGGCAGCAGAGGAACCAUCCCACUGGAAACAUGUUGAGCUCUGAUCAGGAGGGUCAGCCAUGUUUGAGAACCUGAAGCUAAAGGGGAAUUAUUCCACAGAAGAUUUUGUAAAGACAUAACACUUCUUGUCUUUGAGACUAUAACAUCACAUGGUAUUUUGUACAAAUGCAUUAAAGGGAAAAUACUUAACCUUAUUGCUUCAACUUGUAAAAUAAAACAUUGUUUAGAAAUUC